AUCUGUUCUGUCUAGCCCCAUUGUUCGCCACCCUCCUCUCUGCUGCAUAUUGAUUGCCCAGGUCGAGGCUCCGGCUUCGGCUUCGACUUUGGGGCCCCACUCUUAUCAGCUGGUUUCUAAUUGGAUUUGUUUAGGGCAGGCCUCCAUUCAAAACUCAUUUGGCAUUUUGCUGCACAACUCUGACUGUGCGUGACUCCUCUGUCUCGACUGGUUAAAGCUAUCCGCGGAUCGGGCUUUAAUUUCAAUAAUUUCAAUUAAGUGCGUGUAAAUCAGUCCAUUGCUGAGAUAUUAAUAAUGUAACUUUAUUGAAGUUUAUUGCGGCUUGUCAGCGCAUGCAAACUAACAUGCAGACCAAAGAAGAGCCGCAAAGGCUGCCAGAACUAUCAGCAACAGGGGGAAGCAACUGUAGAAGGAGGACAAGCCAGAGACAAGCCACAGUCUAGGCAAAUAUGAGGCGAAGGUGAACAAUUCAGUUUGCCAGCGACGAGUGCUGGGAACGGACGUCCGCCGGAUAGGACGAAGUGGAUAUAUAUAUGUGUCGGAAAAUGAACUGAGUGCCGACUCAAAAGCCUACGACGACUGUGUCUCGUUCCUUUAUGGAAGUAUGCUGUUUCCAGAGAGUUGACCACUCACGAGGAACAUACCCACAUAAUUUGGCAAAAUGCCGCGCAAGAAGCAGAAGGUGGACACCAUCGAGGAGAUUGAGACCAACAUCAAGCUGCUCUGUGAUCAGUCCAACAACCACAUGAAAGUUCGGGAAUACGAUAAGGCGUUGUUCGGCUACAAUCAGGCUCUGGAGCUGAACAGCACGGACAUCAAUGCCUUGAUAUCGCGCAGCAAGUGCUAUCUGCUGCUGGGCGAGGCCUCCAAGGCACUGCAGGACGCGGAGACGGCGCUCGGAGAGGAGAAGAACAAUAUACGAGCCAUCUACCAGAAGGCCGAGUCCCUCUACUACUUGGGACAGUUCGAGCAGAGCCUCAUGUUCUUCCACCGCGGACUACGCGCCCGCCCCGAGCUGGCAUCCUUUCGCCUGGGCGUGCAAAAGACCCAAGAGGCGAUCGAGAACACCAUCGGCACCAAGCCGCGGGCACCGCCGUCUGCCCCAAAGAGCGGAAAGUCGCGCAAGGAGGACGACAACAUGUCAAAGUCGCAGACGACACGCCAGAAGCCCACAAAGGCGGACCUGGAGCGACGUAAUGCCCGAAAGCUGCUGGGCGAACUGUGCGUGGACAAGGAGUAUCUGGAGAAGCUGUUGCUGCAUCCAGACCUGGUACGCGCCGACACCAACACGGAGAACAUAUCGACUUUUGCCAAGGAGGCGGUCGAGUUCCUCAACAAGCGGCAGGAGUUUUGGCGACAGCAGCGGCCUUGCACGGCACUGCCCAACCACAAGAAUCUGCCUAACGAUGCGAUGCCUAAGUGGUUCUAGCUGACAGCUCACUGAAGUGUUAAGUUUGUGUUUCAAUUUGCGUUGUGUUUGAUUC